AUGGCCGCUCCCUCCGCCUCCGCCGCGGCUUCCCCGGCCCGAGCUGCGCCGCUCGGCAGCGCGGCCGCCGGCCCCGAGCCUCCCGUGUCCCGUUCCAAAGAGCGAACGUCUGGGGAUGGCCGGCCCGGGGCGGUUGAGGGGCGCUCGGGGGCCGUUGCUGGCCCCGGGCCGAGCGCUGACAGCCGCGUCCCGCCCGCAGGGAAGGCGCAGGAGGCUCUGCUGCAGCGCUACCGGGUGGGUUCGCUGCUGGGGCGCGGCGGCUUCGGCAGCGUCUUCUCGGCCACGCGGCUCUCGGACGGCGCCCCGGUGGCCAUCAAAAGGGUGCCGCGGAACCGCAUCCGGCACUGGGACGAGCUGCCCGACGGCAGCAGCGCACCCCUGGAGAUCGUGCUGCUGGCCAAGGUGUCCACCGGCUUCCCUGGUGUCGUGCAGCUGCUGGAGUGGCUCGAGCUCCCCAACAGCAUCGUGAUGGUGCUGGAGCGGCCAGAGCGCUCUCAGGACCUCCUGCGUUUCAUUCGGGCACGGGGGUUCCUGUGCGAGGAGGUGGCGCGGGAGCUGUUCCGCCAGGUGCUGGAGGCCGUGCGGCACUGCACCAGCUGCGGGGUCCUGCACCGCGACAUCAAGCCAGAGAACAUCCUGGUUGACCUGGCCAGCGGGCAGGCCAAAUUGAUCGACUUUGGCUGUGGCACCUACCUGCAAGACACAGCCUACACUUACUUUGCAGGAACACUGUCCUACAGUCCCCCGGAAUGGACCCGCCUGGGCCGGUACCAGGGCGAGGCAGCAAUGAUCUGGACGCUGGGCAUCCUGCUGCACCAGAUGGUC